AUGGCAAAAAAAUCAAAGAAAAGUGUAGGAGAUAAUAUCAACUCCAAACUUCAACUUGUCAUGAAGUCAGGAAAAUAUCAAUUUGGAAGGAAAUCAUGUUUAAAAGCUUUAAGAACAGGAAAAGGCAAACUUGUAAUUGUUAGCAGCAACUGCCCACCUAUCCAAAGAAGUGUUAUCGAAUACUAUGCUAUGCUUUCAAAAUGUGGUGUACAUGAUUACCAUGGUGAUAAUAAUGAUUUAGGAACAGCCUGUGGUAAAUUAUUUCGUAUCAGUUGCUUAGUCAUAACUGAUGUUGGAGAUUCAGAUAUAAUUAAAACAAAUGAAUAA